AUGGAGGCGCUUCAUUCCUCACUGGACGAGGUGCUACCACGAGCCUCGGCUCUCUGGGUCCACAUUGUGAACAACUACUCACCCCAGAAAAUCGAGUUUCUGGGCACGCUACUUGUCCAAGUUGUCGCAUUCUGGAUACCAUCUCUGUGCUACCUCUUCUUGGAUGUAAUGGCACCAUCCUUCUCAGAACGCCAUAAGAUCCAACCAGCGCCCAAGCAACCAACCCGGCGCGAGAUACUCCGCUGCUUGAGCGUCGUAACACAGAACCAGAUCCUCUCGUCUGUACUCCAUAUAGGAAUGAUACACCUAUCCAGUCAAGCAGGCUCAAAGCCCUCGUACCGCAUCGAAGCAUCAUUGCCAAGCAUCCUAGAGCUCGCACGCGACGUCGUCCUCAGCCUGUUAAUGCGCGAAGUACUUUUCUACUACAGCCACCGACUGCUGCAUAUCCCAUUCCUCUACGUGCGCAUCCACAAGAAGCAUCACCGCUUCACCGCUCCCAUCGCACUGGCUGCUCAAUUUGCCCACCCGCUCGAGCAAAUCUUCGCCAAUGCAUUGCCCAUCUCGUUGCCACCGCAAUUCCUGCACAGCCAUGUGUUGACAUUUUGGAUCUUCCUAGCUUGGGAGCUCUUCAAUACGGCCACCGUCCACAGUGGAUACGAUUUCUUCCACAACAAAGCCAAGAUGCAUGACCUCCACCACGAGAAGUUCAAUUUAAACUAUGGGACUGUGGGACUGCUAGACUGGGUGCAUGGGACGAAUAAAUUGGAGAAGCGACGCACUGAUUAA